AUGAGAUCCAGCCGUCCUGAGCCGGAUGCCCCGGAACCCCUCAGUGCCCGCCCUCAGCCCCUGUCCCGAAGUUCCUCCAGCCUGCUGGGCGAAGGCCGGGGGCAGAGGUCAGAGUAUCGCAAGAGGGCCAGCAGCACUGAAUGGCAGGCCCAGCUGGGCGAGGCCAGCACUGGUGCCCAGGUCCCGGAGGAGGAGGGGCAGCAGGCUGAGCGCAUGCAGCAGGCACGGGCCUCCAGCCCCCAACUGCAGCCCAGUGCCGUGGGCCACUGGCGUAGCAGCACUGUGGGCAACGUGUCUGCCAUGGGCGGUAGUGACCUGUGUUACCCACGGGACCCCAGCGCCGCUGCUGUGCAGAGGAGCCACUCGGACCUGGUUCGCAGCACCCAGACCCGGGGCCACAGUGGUGCUCGAAAGGCCAGCCUCAGCUGCUCAGCCCUGGGCAGCUCGCCUGUCCAUAGGGCUCGGCUGCAGCCCAGCAACCCCUCUGGCCAGAAUGGUCAGACCCCUGCAGGCUUGGAAAGGGACCUGGCUCCGGAGGACAAGACUUCAAACUCAGCCUGGACACUGGAGAGUCAGGAGGGGGUGCCACCAGCUGCCCUGGGAGGCACAGUGACCCACAGCAGCAGCCCCAAAGCCACCGGCCAGUCGGCCACCACCUCCUGCCAUUCGUUGUCUCCAGCAGCCCCACUCUGUGGCAUGAGGGAGGUGGGGGCCAGCAGUUGCUGCCAUGGCUUGCCUGCCCCAGGGAUUCUGGCCUUUCCCAAACUAGUGGCUUCAGUGAGUGAAUCUAGGCUGCAGGCUCAGCAUGGGGUGAAACUCCAAUGUAGGUUUUCUGGGGGGCUUUCUGGGCAUUCCCACUGCUGUGCCCACCCUUGGGGUCCCACCGGGUUAGCCAUGGAGCCUAGUGCUAGGACCAAGGAUAUGUGGACCAUGACCUCAGCAAGUGACUUGGCCCCAGUCUUGGCUUCCCCUCUGUCAGCCCAGGAUGCUGGUGUGCAAGCAGUCCCCAAGGCAGUCUGCAAGGCAGUGGCCACUAGUCCACCUCUGGAAGCCCCCGUGGCCCUGCACAUGUUCCCUGAGGUGACUCUGGAGUCCAGCCUGGCAGAGGCGCCAUCUCCUGUGCGGGAUGUACGGUGGGAUGCUGAGGGCAUGACGUGGGAGGUGUAUGGAGCUGCAGUGGACCCGGAGGUGCUCGGUGUGGCCAUCCAGAAGCACCUGGAGAUGCAGUUUGAGCAGCUGCAGCGGGCCCCUGCCAGCGAGGACAGCCUGUCUGCUGAGGGUAGGAGGGGGCCACUUCGAGCUGUCAUGCAGUCCCUGCGGCGCCCCAGCUGCUGUGGCUGCUCCAGUGCAGCCCCUGAGUGA